UACACAUCCACAAAAAACACACACUCCAUAACAGGGAGUCCUGCAUUGGGGGAAUUUACAAACCCAUAGAGCCAACAGUGUGCUGCGUAAAGCAAGAUGGCGGAUAUACACUGAUCAAUCAAGUAUGUCUUUUGCCUACAGUGAGGCCUGUCCAGUUGUGCACGUGUGAUCCUGCAACCAUAACAGAAUCAGCUGGUAGAGCAAUAAUUAUGGUUUGCAUAAAUGGUCGGUAUGAUUUGCACUUGCCAAACUUGUCUUGCAAAUUAUGUCUGGCACAGUGGACACCUGACAUGAGCGACCUCAUACGCAGUGGGUACUGGCCAGCAUCUGUGAAUGCUGACACAUUGUUUUCAAUGGAUGUCUUUACUUCAUUUGAAGAGUUGAAAACUGUGGCUCCCAGUUUGUCGCGUCAGGGUUUUUUGCGGAUGUUGGAGAAGAGGACCUGUCAAUUUGGAAGGGCUGGCAAAAUCCACGGAGACGUAUUCCAAAGGAGUUAUUUGGAGUAUACAUUCUGCCAGUACCAUUGUGAGAAUAUGGCCAGUGUAGAGCACUUCACCUGCCCAGCAUGUACACCCAACAUGAUAGCUCUUUGCGCAGAUGGCAACAGAAAGCAGUACCGAUUUCGACAGUCAAAAGGGUCAGAGCAACCAUAUUUUGACGGUACUUUCAUCGCCAAGGACGCUGAAGUACAGCAUUUUGUUGAGGAGAUCAGGAGUAAAAUGAAAAGUACUGCCGGCAGAGGAAUCUGUGGAGCCAGUCAGUGGUCUGAUGCACGGGAGACAGCCAGAAGAGCUAGUAAACUGGAUGAAGAGGGCAUUGAGGUGGUUGUUUGCCGACACGGAGUGCUAUUGAAGGCCCUCAACAUGUAUAGGGGGGAAAUAUUUGCUUAUCCGCUGUUCCUGCAAAAGGAGCUUCAGGCAGCCACAAAUGGACAGUUCUUUUGCACGGAUAUUGCUUGCAAGUAUUGGCCCUACCUUGAAAAGUUGUCGGUCUCCAUGUCAGAACUCAGACCUUUACUGCAGAUGAGGCCAUUCCUUUAUGUCAUGCAUGCCAAGGCCCAUUCAACAAAGUGUGAGAUAAUCUGGAGUGGCAAAAAUCAAGAGGGUGCUGGUACAACUGCAGGGGAGGAGGUCGAAAUGGUAAACAGCUACCUCUCUCGUUGUGCCCUCACAACCAAGUACAUGACAAAAUCUGGAAUGACAUGUUAACAGUCCAUGCUAUUGGAUGGAACCAACGGAAGCAGGAAGGCCUUCAUCUUGCAUUAUCCAGCAGAUAUGUCAAG